AUGAUUAGUUUUAUUAGUCUUCGGAGAAGAAAAUUGAUAUCGAUUCUAGCGAUUUUCACCAUAUUUAUCCUUCUGGGUUCAAUCAUUGGAUAUUAUAAUGGUCAUCAUCAUAUAAUUAAAAUGGUGGAAAAUUAUACACCUGAUGAUUUUCAAAAUUCAAUAACUGCAUUGACUAAUAAAUUUGAUUUUUCAUAUUUACCUGGAUUUAAAGGAAUCAUCACCAAAAAUAAUAGCACUAGUUUUGAAUCAUUAGAUGAUCUUGAUAUUAAUGGAUUUUCAUUAAUUCCUGGUAAUGUUCAAUUUAAAUUUUUAAAUAAAGGUAAUAAAAAGGGUACACCAGAACAAAUUCUUGAACAAAAUAUGAAAGAUUAUAAAGAAUUAUUAGGAUCGAAAACUAUUGGACAACCAAAAGAUGCCAAAUUGGUUCCACCACCACCACCUGAAGAAUUACCAAAUUAUAAAAGAGCCAAUGCAACUAUAUUAUCAUUAGUACGUAAUGGUGAAUUAGGGGCAAUUGGUAGUAGUAUUAAACGAUUACAAAAAAAAUUCAAUUCGAAAUAUAAUUAUCCUUAUACAUUUUUAAAUGAUGAACCAUUUACUGAUCGAUUUAAACAACGGAUUUUGAAAUAUACUGGGAAUGCACCUGUCGAAUUUGUUCAAAUUAAACCUGAAUAUUGGCAAAAACCAUCAUUUAUAGAUACAGUUAAAGAAGCUAAAGAAAUGGAAAUUAUGUUUAAACAUGAUGUUGCGUAUGCCAAGAAGCAAUCAUAUCAUAAUAUGUGUCGAUUUUAUCUGAGUCAAUUUUAUAAAAUUCCUGAAUUACAAAAAUAUAAAUAUUAUUGGCGAGUGGAACCUAAAGUUAAUUUUUUCACUGAUAUUAAUUAUGAUGUUUUUAAAUAUAUGGAAGACACCCAAAAAAUUUAUGGAUUUACCAUUAAUUUAUAUGAUAAUGAAGAAACCGUGAAAACUCUUUGGCCUGAAACCAUUAAAUAUUUAAAUCAAGGUGAUAAUUAUAAAUAUAUUAAUCCGAAAGGAUCAUUUCAAUGGUUAUUAGAAGAUUUACAAAAUCCUAAAAAAACAAAAUUUGCUGGAGGUUAUUCAACUUGUCAUUUUUGGUCAAAUUUUGAAAUUGGUGAUUUUGAUUUUUUCCGUAAUGAAGCUUAUGAUAAUUGGGUUAAAUAUCUUGAUUCUACAGGGAAAUUUUAUUAUGAACGAUGGGGUGAUGCACCAGUACAUUCAAUUGGAGUUAGUUUAUUUGCUGAUAAAGAUAAAAUUCAUUUUUUUAAAGAUAUUGGUUAUGAUCAUGAUCCUUAUACUAAUUGUCCAAAUACUGAAACUACUCAAAUGUGUGAAAUUGGGAAAUUUAGUAGAUGGGAACAUUUAUAUGAUCAAAAUUGUUUAAUGAAUUGGCUUCAUCAUGAUCAACCCAAAGAUGUAUAUUAA